UGUGCGCGCUUGUGCUGCGCGGCGCGCGCUGAGCGAUCAUUCCUGUCAAACUUUCUGUAACUCACACACACACUUACACACACACACUUACACACACACACACACACACACACACACACCUCACACACUCCUGCACCGCGCGGAGAGAACAGCAGCGCUGUGAGUCUCAGUGGGCCUGUGGAGGAAUGGCUGCGGAGGAGAACGAAUGCCCAAAGUUCCAGUUCUCCCAGCAGAGUUCUGGUCUGGUGAGGUCCUGGGAGCUGGAGUCCGUGCUGGCUGGCCGCACUCUUAGCUUUGUGGUGAAGCUGGAUGAUCAGUUUGUGUGUCCUGCCUGCGGUGGCGUCGUCUUUAACCCUCACCAGACAGGCUGUGGCCAUAUCUUCUGCUCCCCGUGCAUCAGAGCGAUUCUAGAAAACAAUGAAACGUCGAAAUGCCCCUUUGAUGGUAUUUUGAUCAAGCCAGAGGAGGUUUUUCAAGACAAUUGCUGUAAAAGAGAACUACUGAAUCUAGAGGUUUUCUGCACCAAUUCUCCAGCCUGCUCACAAACCAUACCUCUGUGUAAUCUGCAGGACCAUCUAAAAUCUUGUCAGUAUGAAGCUCUGCAGUGUCCAAAUUCCAGCUGCACUGACAUCCUGCUGCGUAAAAAUUUACCUGACCAUCAAAGAAGCCACUGCUCCUAUCGUACAGAGCUCUGUCGCUACUGCCAGAAACCGUACCCUGUUUCCCAGCUCACGGACCACGAGAAGACCUCCUGCCCAGAGGCUGAAGUUCAGUGUCCCAAUAAAUGCAUUCAUUUGGUCAAAAGGCAUAAGCUCAAAGACCAUGCGGACGAGUGCCCAGAGCAGGAAACAGACUGCAUUUACAAGAAAUAUGGCUGCACAGUCAGAAAUAAAAGAGGGCAGGUUAAAGUUCACGAGCAGACAGAAUUCAAUCACCACGUUCUGCUGCUGCUGGAGAGCAAUAGCAAGCUAAUUAAACAGGUGGAUCAGCUGCAGCAGGACUUUGCUGCUCAGCAGGGGGAGCUGAAAGAGAGGAACCUGCUGGUCAGUAACCUGAAGAGAGAGGUCUCCAAGUGUGACACCACCGUUUCUGCCAUGCAGAGGUCGGUGGAGGAGCAGAGAGAGCUCGUGUCGAGUGUGAAGCGAGAGCUGAAGGACCUGCGGGACGUUCUGGAAGCAGAUCUGACUAAAGAGGAGCUGGUGUCUCUCAGAGCAUCACUGGACUCUCUGAGAGAGCAGGUGGCAAUGACUCAGAGCCUCAGAGAACACCUGGGUGCUUUAGGGCAGACUUGUCAGAGUCACACUCGCUUGCUGGACAUCCACGUGCAGCAGCUGCAGUGCAGUGAGCAGCGUUUCCAGCAGUUGGAAUCCACCUCGUACGACGGAAAGCUCAUCUGGAAGGUGCACGACUACCAUCGCAAGAAGGAGGCAGGCACUGCCCUCAACUCCCCGCCGUUCUACACCAGCCACAGCGGGUACAAGCUGAGUGCCAGGGUGUACCUUGGCGGAGAGGGCACCGCCCGGGGCACUCACCUGUCCCUGUACGUGAUGCUGAUGAGGGGGGACUUUGACUCGCUGCUGCCGUGGCCCUUCCGGCAGAACGUGACCCUGGCCGUGUUGGAUCAGAGCGGCAAUCGCAACCACGUGAGCCUCAGCUUCACCCCGGACCUGGCCAGCAACAACUUCCGCCGGCCCACGUCCGAAACCAACGCGGCGCUGGGCUUCCCCCGGUUCAUUACUCACGCUGACCUGGAGGCUCCCAGGAACGCAGCUUACGUGAGAGAUGACACGCUGUUCAUCAAAGUCAAGGUGGACACGACGGGGCUGGAGGAUCUGUAGUGUGUUACCCGCCUGUGUAAUGUGUGCAGCGUGUGGUUUCGCAUUGUCUUGUUGAAAAAGCUGAACAAACAGCCCUGAAUAAGCCAAUAAGCUGUUGUCUUAAAGGCAGUAAAUGUUGCUGCAUCACUGAAUGUAGUGUAUUUUUUGUGUGUGAAAAGUGGUGGAUAUAGAUGGAGUUUAGUUAUUUUAAAUUAUUUUUUCUAGUUAUUUUUUCAAAUAAAGACAUUUCUAAAGAUUUAAAUAAGCACUGAGUUUAUUCUGUAAGACACUGUAGAUUGAAUAUGUUUAUAAUUGAAUUAUUUUUGUUUUAUUGUUGUUAUUUUUCCAAAUAAAGAACAAUUUUAAAGAUCAA